AUGGCAGACUACGGCAACCAGCAAGGGAGAGAGUUUGCGCGCCCUCCGAACUAUGGCCAGCCCACGGGGGGAGGUGGAGGAGCAUCAGGAGGAGGGGCACGGGACGCGGCCUUUGCAAACAUCUUCGGCGCCAGUCCCGCCAUGGCAGGACGCUCGCAGACGAUGACCUCGCAGUCCCAGAUGCGCAUGCCCGACCGUGCGGCCACCAUGUCCAGCCAGACGGCCGACAUGAUGCAGCGCGCGCCCCCGAUCCGACAGCCCGUGAACGGCCAUGAGCGCCGCCCUCACCCCAACUACGAGCAGCGCGCCGUGUCCAACUACGAGCAGCAGCGCCCCCCGAGCCAAGACCCGCAGCAGAACAACUAUGGCCGCCCCUCGCCGAACGGCUAUCCUCCGCCCAACCCGCGAUACUCGGAAGCGUCUGGUCAACCCCAGCGCCAGCCACAGCCACAAUACCUGCCCACACCGCUGCGUCCUGAGCGCCAACCAUAUGGCCAGCCACAGCGCUUUGAUCCCAGGCUUCCCCAGCCUGGGCAACCGCAGUUCAACAAGCCAAUCCCUCCGCGUUUCCCUGGCCCGCCUGGCGCAAUGAACGCGGACCCCUACCGUUCGCAGUCCCUAGCAUCGGGUCCUCGACCGCAGUUUGUUCCUCCUGGCCAAAACUACCAGUCUCCUGCGAACACAUUCCGGCAGCAGCCGUACAUGAACCACAUGGCGAGAACAACGGCGCAAGGUCGUGUGGUUCCAGAACGCCCGGAUGAACGAACAAUGUCCAUGACUUCAUACGCCAGGGACAGUGAAUUUGCGCAGACGAUGAGUGGAAGAGUCAUUCCAAACCGCAGAAGAGAAUCGGAUGGACCGGAGCAGCCGUUUCUAGACCCGAGGGCGUCAGCAGCUCCUCAGCUAUCUGUGAAUAUCGGACCAGGUGCAAGAACCAGAAAUGCCAGCCAGGGCAGCAUCUCAUCACAACAACCACGGACCAUGUCUAUGGCGUCGACUGUCGUGUCUCCUUCUGAACGCACAGACACCAUGUCCUCGUCGACUACGCGACCGAGUUCGACCGCAACCGUGUCAAGCAACAACAGGACCUCCGGUCAGUCUCAAGGCGGACAACAAAUCAUCGUCGCCCAGCGCCGAGCCCCCCUUGUCUACCCUGCGCUUUUGUCAAAGGUGGCUGAGGUGUUCAUGGAGAGAGUCAAUCUGUCAGAGAAAGAAAAAGAUGGCCUCGUGUACAAGAGCGCCUUCACAGGCGCAGACGCAGUCGACCUAAUAUCGUACAUCAUCAAGACAACAGACCGUAACUUGGCGUUACUCCUAGGCAGGUCCUUGGAUGCGCAGAAAUUCUUCCACGAUGUGACAUAUGCCCAUCGAUUACGAGACUCCACCAAUGAAGUGUACCAGUUCCGUGAGACCAUCAUGGAGGAGCAGGCUGAAGUGAAUGGUGUCUUCACUCUCUUGACGGAGUGCUAUUCUCCGACAUGUACACGCGACCGUCUGUGCUACUCAAUCGCGUGCCCGCGUCGCUUAGAACAACAGGCUCGCUUGAACUUGCGCAUUCAACCAGGUCUGAAGAAGGAAGAUUCUCGAGCCAGCUUGCACGAGGACGCCGACGAUGAGGAGCAGAAGCUUUGGAUCAACACGGUCCCCAAGGAAGUGGCCGCGACCGUAUCGGAGCAAGAGAAGAAGCGCCAGGAAGUCAUCUCGGAGCUCAUGUACACUGAACGUGAUUUCGUCAAAGAUUUGGAGUAUCUUCGCGAUUUCUGGAUGAAGCCUCUCCGCAAUCCCGCUACUUCGCCCAUCCCAGAACAUCGUCGCGAGAAGUUUGUUCGCACGGUCUUCUCCAACUGCCAAGAAGUGUACAUGGUCAACUCUCGACUUGCUGAGGCCCUCACACGCCGCCAGCAGAGGGAACAUGUGGUUCGGAAUGUUGGUGACAUAUUCCUUGAGUACGUCCCGCACUUUACACCCUUCAUCAAGUACGGCGCAAAUCAGCUGUUCGGUAAGUACGAAUUCGAGCACGAAAAGCGCACGAACAGUGCGUUCAUGAAGUUUGUCGACGAAGUGGAGAGGAUGAAGGAAUCACGAAAGCUCGAACUCAACGGAUACCUGACGAAGCCAACGACGAGAUUGGCGAGGUAUCCUUUGCUGCUAGAAAACAUUGUCAAGUUCACAGCCGACGACAAUCCCGAUAAAGAAGACAUUCCGAAAGUCAUCAAGAUCAUCAAGGAAACUUUGUCAAAGGUCAAUGCCGAGUCUGGAAAGGCCGAAAAUCACUUCAACCUCAUGCAGCUCAACAAGGACCUGAAGUUCAAGCCUGGAGAAUACGUUGAUUUGAAACUGACAGAUGAAAACCGCCAACUGGUGUUCAAGGGCAGCCUUAAAAAGACACCAACCGAGGUCACUGGUGACAUCACAUGCUAUCUCUUCGAUCACGCUGUUCUGUUGGUUCGAGCAAAGGUGGUCAACAAGCGGGAAGAACAAAAGGUCUACAAGAAGCCGAUACCUCUUGAGCUGCUUGUCAUCACGCAGAUGGAGGAGAUCAUUCCUAACAAGCUGGGCAUCUCUAAGAGACCAUCGACGAAUCUGAUGGGCGCGAAGUCUAUUGUCGCGGCCACGCCAAAGUACGACGCGAACAAGCUGCAGGGUCACCCCAUCACCUUCAAGCAUCUCGGAAAGGGUGGUUACGAGUUGACCCUCUAUGCCAGCACACCGAUUUCCCAGCAGAAGUGGAUGGAGCAUAUUGAAUCACAGCAGCGAAGUUUGAGGGAGCGAAGUAACAUCUUCACUAAGACCAUUCUCAAUGAGGGUUUCUUCACUCCAGCCAUGCGAGUUACCUGCUGUGUUCCUCUGGACGGUGGCCGCAAGCUGGCUUUGGGUACUGAUGCAGGUGUAUUCGUUGUUGAGCGGAAGCCAAAGGAUUCUUCGAUGAAACCGCGUCGUGUCUUGGACUGCAAAGGUGUCACACAACUCGAUGUUCUUGAGCAACACCAGAUCGUGCUUGUCCUGGCCGACAAGACCCUCUUCUCCUACUCGACCGAAGCGCUGGACCCUGACGAUAACAAUGCCACAGCUAAGCGGCCGCGCAAGAUCUGCCAUGCCAACUUCUUCAAAGCCGGUAUCUGUGUCGGAAAUCAACUGGUGGCAGCAGUCAAGACUUCUGCCCUAUCUACAACGAUCAAAGUCUACGAACCCAAGGAGAACAUGGCGAACAAGGCGAGGAAAUCCGGGUUCGCCAAAAUGCUUACUCAGGGACAAGAUCAACUCAAGCCGUACAAGGAGUUUUACAUUCCCACCGAAUCGACAUCGAUACACUUCCUGCGCUCCAAGCUUUGCGUUGGCUGUGCACGCGGCUUCGAAGUCGUCAGCCUCGAGACCCUGGAGACGCAAUCGCUCCUGGACCAGGCCGACACGUCCCUCGACUUCGUCGUGCGCAAGGAGAACAUCAAACCCAUCCACAUCGAGCGCAUGGCGAGCGAGUUCCUGCUCUGCUACACCGACUACUCGUUCUUCGUCAAUAGAAAUGGCUGGCGAGCGAAGCAGGACUGGAAGAUCACAUGGGAGGGUAACCCGCAAGCAUUCGCCAUCUUCAACCCCUAUAUCCUCGCCUUCGAGCCCAGUUUUAUUGAGAUCCGGCACAUGGAGAGUGGGGGGCUGGUGCACAUCAUCACCGCCAAGAACAUCAGGUGGCUGCACACAUCGACAAGAGAGAUUCUCUACUCGUACGAAGACGAAAUGGGCACAGACGUCAUCGCUAGUCUGGAUUUCUGGCAGACGGCAAACGGCGCGAAACCAUCCCUCGAACAAACUCGCCUGUACGAGAAGAGCUAA